AUGGCGGAUUCGAGGGCUCCAUUAGCGGAUGCUGACGUGGAUAUGGUAGACAAUGUCCAAGCGGAUCAGCCAAACCUUCAGGGCGACGCGGACGUGGCCCUAUCCAACGGUCACGAUCCCGAGAUUGUGAAAUCCGAGGAGGAUAAGAAGGCGUACCGCAUGGUGACGCUCCCGAAUGGGUUAAUUACCCUGUUAAUUUACGACCCUGAGAUUGCCGCGUCAGGGGAUGACGAUGAGGAUGAUGAUGAGGAGGAGGAUGAGGAGGAUGAGAUAGAGAGUGAGGAGAGCGAUGAGGAGAUGAGUGUUGCUGAGGCUGAGGGAAGCGGAGAUGGGACAAAAAGCAGCGGAAAGGGGAAGGGGGGGAAGGGGGAAAAGGGGGGUAAGGGUGGGAAGUCCAAGGGACGAAAAGGUGCUAGUAAAGGAGGGAAGGGAGGUGACGAUAACGAGGGUGAGGAUAGCGAUUGGGAGACAGCGAGUGAGGAGGAGGAAGGGGAGGCGGAGGACGCAGGAACUGGCGGAACAGAGGAGAAAAAGGCAAAGGUGGUCGGAGGAAAGGGGGAUGGUCAGGGUAAGGAAAGCGAGUCGGGGGCAGCAGGGGGUGAGACGACCGGGGAGGGGAAGGUGGGGGGAAAGCGGAAGAAAGUGGGGGGGAUUAGGCUGGGUGGUGGUGGGUUGGGGCGGAAGGGGAAGGCUGGGGAGAAGAGUGCAGGGAAGGGGGCAGUGGGAAGAGGGGCGGAAGAGGGGGAAGAGGGUAGUGAGGAGGAGAUGGAGAGUGGAGAGGAGGAGGAGGAAUAUGAGGCUCUCCCAACCCCUGCCUCACCUCUCCCAACCCCUGCCUCACCUCUCCCCACCCCUGACUCACCCCUCCCCACCCCUGACUCACCCCUCCCCACCCCUGACUCACCCCUCCCCACCCAUGCCUCCCCUCACCCCUCCCCACCCCACCUCUUCCAGCUGGCGGCGGCUGCCAUGUGCGUGGGUGUGGGAAGCUUCUUGGAUCCUCCCGAUGCUCUUGGCCUCGCGCAUUUCCUUGAGCACAUGCUCUUCAUGGGCAGCGUCAAGUUCCCUGACGAGAACGAGUACGACUCGUUUCUGAGGCGGCACGGUGGCGGCUCGAACGCGUUCACAGAAACAGAGUUCACGUGCUACCACUUUGACGUGGCACACAAGUACCUGCACCCUGCUCUCGACAGGUUUGCGCAGUUCUUUGUGGCGCCGCUGGUGAAGGCAGAUGCCAUGGAGAGAGAGGUGCAGGCUGUGGACUCGGAGUUCAACAUAAGUCUGCAGAGCGAUGUGUGUCGGGUGCAGCAGCUGCAGUGCUCCACGUGCGUGCAGCCAGACCACCCCUUCCGCAAGUUCUCCUGGGGCAACCGCAAGAGCCUCAUAGACGACCCCGCCAAGCUUGGAGUGGACAUGAGAGAGAGGCUGCUGCAGCUCUACUCACGGUUUUAUACAGCCGGGGCGAUGAGGCUGGUUGUGGUUGGGGGCGAGCCCUUGGACACACUCGAGUUGUGGGUGAGGCAGCUCUUCUCGCCCAUCCCCCCAGGCGGCAGCGGCAUUCACCCGCUGCUGCACCAGCUGCCCCCGCCUGCCACCUUCUCUCCACCCUCCCAGGACUCGGAGAUGCUGGGUCCUGGUGCUGCUGGGUUGGAGCAGGAGGAGGGGGGGGCAGGGGAAGUGGUGGGAGGUGGUAAUGGUAGCAGUGCUGCUGCUGCUGCUGCUGCUGCUGCUGGUGAUGGUGAUGGUGCUGCUGGUGCUGAUGGUGGUGGUGCUGUGGCUGCUACAGCUAGGACGAAGGGACCGCUGGCGGCGGUGUUGGCAGGGAGCAGAGCAGCAUCUGAGAUGGGGACGACAGAGACAAGCGCAGCGAAAGGGGAGAAGGGGAAGGGAGACAAGGCGGAGGAGGCGGAGGUUGGGGAUGGGGAUGGGGGGCAGUGGAGGGGGGUGUGGGAGGCAGGGCGGCUGUAUGAAGUGGCGAGUGUGAAGGAGCAGCAGCAGGUGUCGCUCAUGUGGACACUGCCGUGCCUGCAUGCAGAGUAUGCCAGCAAACCCCAUGACUACCUCUCACACCUCAUUGGCCACGGUGUCGCUCAUGUGGUCACGCCGUGCCUGCAUGCCGAGUAUGCCAGCAAACCCCACGACUACCUCUCGCACCUCAUCGGGCACGGUGAGACUCGUAGCGGGAGUGGGAGGUGGCAUGAGGGUAUUCAUCAGACACAGCAGGUGGCAGCAGCAGGUGUAGUUGAUGUGGACACUGCUGUGCCUGCAUGCCAAUGCCGUGCCUCCCUUCAUCGUCACCCUCUUCCGUCCCUCCCACAUCGCCCUCUCUUCUUCCCCCCCACAGAGAGCAGUGGCAGUCUGCUAUCGCUGCUCAAGGCCAAGGGGUGGGCGACGGAGCUGGCUCUUCUUCCUCCAUCCCUCCUUCAUCACCCUCUUUUGUUCCUCCCUCAUUCACACUCUUCCCCUUCCACAGAGGGCAGUGGCAGUCUGCUAUCUCUGCUCAAGGCCAAGGGGUGGGCGACGGAGCUGGCAGCGGGGGUGGGGGAGAGCGGGUAUGAGAAGAGCUCCCUCGCUUUUGUCUUCACCGUUACAAUCACACUCUCUGACGAUGGCCUCAAGCACGUGCUAGACGUUGUAGGAACGGUGUUCCAGUACAUCACCAUGCUGCGCCUGGCCCCGCCCCAGCGGUGGGUGUUUGAGGAGCUGCAGGCCAUCGCAGCCAUGGACCUGCGAUUCGCCGAGGAGGAUUCUCCUGAUGAAUACGCCGUCAGGCUCGCGGGCAACAUGUUCUACUACCCCAAGCGGCAUGUGAUAGCAGGGGACUACAUUCAUGACAAGUGGGACCCUGACCGCAUCGCUUACCUGCUCUCGCUGCUCUCGCCACAGUCCGUGCGCCUGGACCUGCUCACUCACUCCUUCGACCACACCAGAGAAGGUAUUCUCAAGGAGCCGUGGUUCGAUGUGCCCUACACCACAACCCUGCUCUCCCCGGCUCUCCUGGACCAAUGGGCGAGCGACACGUGGCUCAGCCCCGACCUGCGCAUGCCUCCCCCCAACGAGUUUAUCCCCACCGACUUCUCCCUCCGCCCCUCCUCCACUGCUGCCGCCUCUGCUACCACCACCACCACCACCACUGCCACCACCGCCACCGCCAGCACCACCACGGCUGCUGCCACCAACAGCAGUGAUCCCCUCAACGGGACCACUCCCAGUGCUGUCAGUGCGCCUAGUGCACCCAGUGUGCCGCGGGUGGUGAGGGAGGAGGCGGGGCGGUGCAAGGUGUGGUUCAAGCAGGACGACGUGUUCCGCUCGCCGCGCCUCAACGCCCACUUCGCCCUCUCCUCCCCUCACGCCUGCGACUCUCCCCGCUCCGCCGCCCUCACUGAGCUGGCUGUGAAGCUUAUCGAAGACUCUCUAAACGAGACCCUCUACCUGGCGAGUGUGGCCAAGCUAGACACGAACAUGGCCGUGCAGGGCUUUAAGAUCGAGAUCCGCAUCACGGGCUUCAGCCACAAGCUGCCGACGCUCGCCGCCCGCAUCUUCCGCCACAUCAGCAUGUUCCGGGCGGCGGCCGACCGCUUCAGCGCGCUCAAGGAGGAGCGGUGCCGCGCGUACCGCAACGCGCUCUUAAAGCCCCUCAAGCACUCGGCGUAUCUCCGCCUGCUGCUGCUGCGCACCCCCGCCUGGACCAUCCCGGACAAGCUAUCAGCGCUAACUGCGUGCGAGGUGGACGAUCUGAACGCCUUUCUGCAGACUCUCUUCUCCCGGACAUACAUAGAAAUGCUGAUUCACGGGAAUGCAACAGAGGAGGACGCACUAGCGCUCGCCUCAGCCGUCACAGACACCCUCCCGGUGCCCUCCCCUCCGCUGCUGGACCUCCCUUCAGAGCGCUGCCUGCAGCUGCCAUGUGGCAAGUCCCUGUUGGUCGAGAGCCCCGUGGGGAACCCGGCCGAGGAGAAUUCUGCAGUCGAGGUGUACUACCAGGCCUGUCAGGACCAAGGCAGGGCGUCCAUCCGAGACCGAUCACUGGUGGAUCUACUUGAGCAGGUCAUGUCAGAGCCGCUCUUUGACACGCUGCGCACCAAGGAGCAGCUGGGGUACCGCGUGGACUGCGGCACCCGCCUCACACACGGCGUCUUUGGCUUCUGCAUCCGCGUGCAGUCUGCUGAUUACGGCCCCGGAUUUCUGCAGCAGCGAGUUGACUCCUUCCUCAACGCCUUCCGCGAUAACCUGAGCGCCCUGCCCGAAGCUGAUUUCAGGGCGCACAGGGCGGCCCUGCAGGUGCUGAAGAUGCGCAAGGACCACACACUGGGGGAUGAAACGCACCGCUACUGGGAGCAAAUCUGGGAGGGCAGUUCGCUCUUCAACUCGCGCCAGCUGGAGGCUGUGGCGCUCUGCAACAUCACGCUUGCCGAGCUGUGUGCAUGGUUCGACCGCCACAUCAGCAUGACAGCUGGCGCCGACAGCGAUGGGGGGGACGGCGCUGACAAGGACAGCAUUAUGGGCGAGAACGGAGAGGCCGGUGCAUUGGAGGCAGGUAACGUGGAGGCUUAUAAGGGGGAUGGGAAUGGGGAUGGUGGAGGGAAGGUGCUUGGACGGCGCGUGCUGGUGCACGUGUGGGGAGCAGGCAAGUGGAAGGAGAGGAGUGAGGUGAGCACUGGGGAGACAGGAAAAGAGGCAGCUGGAAAGGCUGGAAAGGCCGUGAAGAAUGGGAAGGGUGGGGGAUGGAGGGAAGGGCAGGUGGUUGUUGAGGUGGGGGAUAUAGAGAAGGAGAAGGCUUCUCUUGAGCUCUUUCCCGUGCUUAAACCUGUGGUGGUGACGGCAUGA